AUGUUUGAGAAAAAUUUUAAACCCGAUGAUAAUGACGAAGUGGAUACCAGCAAUAAUGAAGUGGACAAAAACAAUACAGACAGUAAUGUUGAACUCAGUAAUUGUGAAGGUAAAGAUGACACAACGAUUAGUAAAGAAGAAAAUAGAAUUAAAGUUGAAAAGAAAGCUCCAAUAGAAUCAAAAAUCGGCAGAUAUGGGAACCUCGCAUUGGACGAAGAGCCCAGUUACGAAAAGAUGGCUCUAAAAUUGAUUAAUACUCAUCUCAAUAAGCUUGAAGAUGCCAAUGAUGUUGAGAUUUGGUAUCCAUGUGACAACACGAUCCCUGAAGAUUUGUUGGGCCCGAUUGAUGGUGAAAAACCU